CGAGGGGCGGAAGACGCCGGCGAGGGGGGUGAGCCUUGCUCCCGUUGCCAGUUGCAUAAUGGCAGACACUAAUCCCUCCCCCCUGAAACACUUUGUGCUGGCUAAGAAGACGAUUACUGCCAUUUUUGAAGAGCUCCUGGAUUAUGUUACGGAAGGAACGCAUUUUGUGGAAGAAACUUACAAAAACCCGCAACUUGAAGAUAUAGCCACUAAGGAUGAACUGGCAAAAAUAGAGGAGUACAAGAAGAAGCUGGCAGUCAUUGGUGGGGUACUCGCACGAAGACACAUGAAAGUAGCUUUUUUUGGCAGAACCAGCAGCGGAAAGAGUUCUGUCAUCAAUGCCAUGCUGUGGGACAGAGUGCUCCCCAGUGGCAUCGGACACACAACCAACUGUUUCCUCAGCGUGGAAGGAACAGAUGGCGAUAAGGCUUACCUCAUGACGGAGGGCUCGGAUGAAAAGAAAAGUGUGAAGACUGUUAAUCAGCUUGCGCAUGCCCUUCAUAUGGAUAAAGACUUAGAGGCUGGCUGCUUGGUCCACGUCUUUUGGCCAAAGGCUAAGUGUGCCCUCCUGAGAGACGACUUGGUGUUAGUGGACAGCCCUGGCACUGAUGUCACCACAGAGCUAGACACCUGGAUUGACAAAUUCUGUUUGGAUGCCGAUGUCUUUGUUUUAGUUGCGAAUUCAGAGUCAACCCUCAUGAACACAGAAAAGCAUUUUUUCCACAAAGUAAAUGAAAAACUUUCUAAACCAAACAUCUUCAUCUUGAAUAAUCGAUGGGACGCUUCUGCAUCAGAGCCGGAAUACAUGGAGGAUGUGCGCAAGCAGCACAUGGAGCGGUGCCUGACGUUCUUGGUAGAUGAGCUCAAGGUCGUGGAUCCCUCCGAAGCCCAGAACCGGAUCUUCUUCGUUUCGGCCAAGGAAGUCCUCAGCGCCAGGAAGCAGAGAGCCCAGGGCAUGCCUGAGGGAGGUGGGGCACUUGCCGACGGAUUUCAGACACGCUUCCAAGAAUUUCAGCAAUUUGAGAAAAUGUUUGAGGAGUGUAUCUCGCAGUCAGCUGUGAAAACCAAGUUUGAGCAGCACACUAUCAGAGCUAAACAGAUCCUAGACACAGUGAAAAGCAUUAUGGACUCCAUAAACGUGGCAGCAGCCAAUCAAAGAGUCCAUUCAAUGGAAGAGCGAGAAGAUCAGAAGGACAGGCUGGAAUUUGUCCGCAACCAGCUCAACCUUUUGACAGACGACAUCAAGAAGAAAAUCAAAGGAGUCACGGAGGAGGUAGCUAACAAGGUAUCUUCAGCCAUGACUGAUGAAAUUUGUCGGCUUUCUGUUUUGGUAGAUGAGUUUUCCUCCGAUUUCCACCCAUCCCCACAAGUUUUGAAACUAUAUAAGAGUGAGCUCAACAAGCACCUGGAAGUGGGCUUGGGAAGGAACCUGGCGGACCGUUGCUCCAGUGAAGUCAACAAGUCUAUGUGUGAGUCGCAGCAGGAAAUGAUAGAAAGCCUGCAGGCCCUGCUGCCUUCCGACGUCCAGAGCAAGCUCCACUUGCUGAUUCCGUGCAGGAAGUUUGACCUCAGCUAUGACCUGAAUUGCAACAGUCUGUGCUCCGACUUCCAAGAGGACAUCACUUUCCGCUUCUCGCUGGGCUGGACUGCCCUUGUCAGCCGGUACCUGGGCCCCAAAAACGCUCACCGGGUGCUGCUCGGCGUGGCGGAGCCGGUUCUUGCAAUCCCUCGUUCUCUUGCCUCCACCCCUUGUGCUCCCAGUGCUCCCGCUCUGACCCCAGAGAAUGCAUCACAGGAGGAGCUAAUGGUCUCAUUGGUCACCAACUUGGCGUCACUGACCUCCCGGACCUCCAUGACCGUCAUCAUUGUCGGAGGACUUGUUUGGAGAACGGUUGGCUGGAAGGUCAUCUCCCUCUCCCUGAGUUUGUAUGGGCUGCUGUAUCUCUACGAGAGGCUCACUUGGACGACCAAAGCCAAAGAGCGAGCCUUCAAGCAGCAGUUUGUCAACUACGCCACAGAGAAGCUUCAGAUGAUCGUCAGCUUCACCAGCGCAAACUGCAGCCAUCAGGUGCAACAGGAAAUGGCCAUGACUUUUGCUCGCCUGUGCCAGCAAGUUGACAUCACCGAGAGGAACCUGGAAGAAGAGAUUGCAAGGUUGUCCAAAGAGAUUGCUCAGCUGGAAAAAAUCCAGAACCACUCGAAGCAUCUACGGAAAAAAGCUGUCCGCCUUGAAGAUGAGUUUGACUGUUUUACAAAGGAUUUCCUCCAUAAAAAGAAAUGAAGAGAAGGCCUCGUACUUUUUGGCUGCUCCAGGUGGAAUUUACAAGAUGACACUAUUUCCCACCCCUGAAAAGUCACAUGAAUUUUUCAAGCCCCCUUUAUUCUACUUUCCCAGUUGCUGCCUGGCUCUUUUGAUGCUUAGAAAAUGAACUGUGCCUGAGAGCUAGAGGAGCGAAGCAGUAUUACCCAUGAUUGAAUCGUUUUGCAACUUUUCUUAGAAAUAAUUUAUAUUUACUGGUGUGAACGGAAAAUUAUUUGGCAGUGUAAAAAUAAUAAAACUAGCAGACCUAUCUAGUAUUUUGUAUUAGUGCUUGCCUAAAGGACCAGCCCCCUCUUUCUGGCAUCCAGGAAGAGAAUAGAGAAUUCACCCCUAAUCCUGUGUCAAAAGUCUUGUAUUAGCUGGAAUUCUCUGUGGGAAUGUGUGCUGCUGGCUUUUUCCAGGACUCUUGUUACAGACCUGAAGUAUUGAGUGAUGACAGAUUUCAAAAGGGAUUUACGAAGUUUGAGCGCAGAGACAAUCAGUAUGGCUGAGCAUUAGGCCUAACUCUGGAUUUCCCAUUCUGUUGAAAGGGACUGUCAAAUUUUAUUUGUCAUGCUCUUAUAAUGCCCUGGUAAUUAGACCUCCUCAGUCAAGAUUAGCUAGCAACCUUGUUUGUAGAGAAGAACGUGGCUUAGCUCAGAGAACUGUUCUGGAGAAACACCCUUUUCAGUGAUGGCAUACGUCCUUUUGACCCACUGGUAGUUCUUGAAAACCAAAGCGACGUCAUGCGUAUGAAGCUGGAAUAAGGGUGUCUAGUUUUGAGGCGUCUGGAAGUCCAAAAUUCAUUUUAUUUGCCUGGCCCAGGCCAAGCAUUUAAUUUCAGGCUGCAUGCCCAAGAUUAAUGCUCUUUUAAGACCCUGAAAUGCAUCAAGACUAUUCUAUUAAGGGGGCAACUGCAUAAGCAGAGCAAUCUUCAUUGCACACGGACUCUUUCGCUGAUGAUGGUGGUUCAGUUAGGACCUCAAUGACGGUCUUCAUCAGGCACCUACAACCUGAUGUUGCCUCCAGCUCAGGCAUAGGCAAACUCGGCCC